UUCAGACAUCUCUCUCUCUGGAUUUCGAAGAGGUAAACUCUAUACGUGUUUUGGAGUUUGUUGAUCUGUGUUUUCAGAGUUCGUUGUUUCUAUACAUCUUCUUCCGGUUUGUUAUUUAUGUUUUAAAACCACAAAAUUCACUCCCAUAUAACUGGUUUUUUUUCCCUGUAUUAUUUAAGGAAAAUCAGUACAUUCUAAAGAAAGUCUAGUUAAAUAUGUUGUCGGGUAUAAAUUUUCUUGCUUGAACAUGAUAUAAUAAAAAAUAGGGUAAUUGAAGAAGAGAUGGCGGACGCUGCUGUGGAUUUUCUGCUGGAAAACCUGAAGCAACUACUUGUUUACAAUAUUAAGCUUAUCGGUGCCGUGAAGAGUGAGGUUGAAGAACUGUACAGUGAUCUGAAAGUGUUCAAAGCCUUCCUCAAGGAUUCAACGGGAAAACGACAAAAUCAUGAAGUCUUCAAAGAAUUAGUGAACCAAAUCAGAGAUGUGGUAUAUGAAGCAGAAGAUACUGUGGAAGCAUUUGUUUGUCAGGCAGCUGAGCACAAAGCCCGGAAUUAUAUCGAGAAGGCUUUUCAUAUAUUAGAUUACCCAGCAGAGCUUCGGAAGUCGGUGAAAACCAUUGAGAAUAUCAGGCAGAGGGUAAAAAAGAUUUAUGAAAACAAGUUGUUUGGCUUCGACCAAAAUCGGGAGGGAUCUACCAGAGGCGCAAAGGAGAAAAAGGCUCCUAUAGUAGAGGAACACGACGUGGUGGGUUUUCAAGAGGAGGCGGACUACUUAAUCGAUCUUCUAAAUAAAGGAUCGGAGGAACUGGAAGUCACCUCAAUCAUUGGAAUGCCCGGCCUUGGUAAAACAACACUAGCUAGAAUGAUAUUUCGUGAUUCGAGAAUUGAAUAUGAAUUCUAUAAUCGUGCAUGGGUUUUUGUUUCUCAAGAAUAUAGUAGGAGGGAAGUGAUCCUCAAUAUUCUGAGUCAGUUUGGUAAGCCAACUAAUGAGAUGUCUAAUAAGGAUGAUGAAAGUUUAGCUGAUGAACUUCGUAAACUGUUGGAAAGAGGAAAGUAUUUAAUUGUGCUUGAUGAUGUUUGGAGUGAAGAGGUUUGUAAUGAUCUCAAAGUUGCUUUCCAUGCUAAUAGGAGUAGGAGCAGAAUCUUAUUAACUAGUCGUAUCGAGAAUGUGGCUUUGAGUGCCAACCUGAAUAGGGGGCCCUAUAAAUUGCGGUUUUUGACACCUGAUGAAAGCUGGACGUUACUCCAAAGAAAGGCAGUUGGCUCAAAGAAAUGUGACGAAGAGUUGACAAAGCAUGGAAUGAUUAUAGCCAAAGAAUGUGAGGGACUACCUCUUGCAAUAGUGGUAAUUGGAGGAAUUCUACUGCAAAAAGGUCGCGAUAGUAAUUCGUGGGAAAGGGUUUCUAAAAGUGUGCAUACCUAUCUUACCACGGACAAGGAGCAACGCAUGAACAAAUUUAUAGAACUGAGUUUUAAUCAUUUACCUUAUCACUUGAAAUCAUGUUUUCUCUACUUUGGGAUAUUUCCAGAAGACUCCCAAAUCCCGGUUUGGAAACUGGUUCAUAUAUGGAUCGCUGAAGGAUUCAUACAAUAUAAUGAGGGAAUGAGCUUGGAGGAUACUGCGGAGGAAUACUUAGAUGAUCUUGUCAACAUGAAUUUAGUCAUGGUUGGAGACUGGACAUCAAAUGGCAAAGUCAAGACAUGUCAUAUUCAUGAUAUGCUGCAUGUGUUUUGUAAGAACCAGGCUAAACAGGAAAGUUUGUUCCAGGAAAUUAAAGAUCUUGAUCAAGUUCCUAGCCUUGAAAAAUGUCGUCGCCUUUGCAUUCAUUCAAACGUUCUGGACUAUAUAUCUUCAAAACCAUGUGGUCCACGUGUCCGGUCAUUUCUGUGUUUCUCUUCUGAAGAAACUAUCUUGCCACGUGAACAGAUUUCUUCAAUCCCUGAUGCAUUUAAACUGCUAAGGGUGUUAGAUAGUAAACCCAUCCGUUUCCAAAUUUUUCCCAAGGACCUGUGUCAACUAGUUCAUCUAAGGUAUCUUGUUCUUACCAUCAACUCACAUGUCAUUCCUCCAAACUUUUCUAAGCUUUGGAAUAUUCAAACUCUUGUAAUUGAGACGGAGUCACGCAAUCUUAAUAUCCAAGCAGAUAUAUGGGAGAUGAUUCAUCUGAGGCAUCUAAAAACAAAUGCAUCCACAACUUUACCACCCCCUCGUAAGAAAACACAGAGAAAUAAAGAAGACCUAAGGACACUCUCGACGAUAUCACCUAAAAGUUGUACAGAAGAUGUCUUUGCUCGGGUUCCUAACCUGAAGAAAUUGGGUAUUCGUGGCCGAUUAGCUGAAGUACUGGAUGACAAGGGUGGAUCUAGUUUGUUCGAUAGUGUGGGAAAGUUGGAUUGCCUUGAAAAUUUGAAGCUAUGGAAUGAUGUAUAUCCUCAGACACCUUCAGAAGGAAAACUACUAAGCUUUCCCCAAAGUUACAAAUUUCCACCAAAUCUAAAGAAGCUAACAUUAGAAGGCACCCUUCUUAAUUGGAAACACAUGUCUACACUUGGAAUGUUGGAAAGCCUUGAGAUCCUUAACUUGAAAGAAAAUGCAUUCAAGGGAGAUUGGUGGGAACCGAAGGAUGGAGGUUUCGGUGUUCUUAAAGUGUUGCAUAUUGGAAGGACGGAUUUAGUUACUUGGAAGGCUUCUUCUCACCACUUCCCAAGACUAAGGUCUCUUUAUCUGGAGCACUGCAGUAAACUCCAAGAAGUCCCAUCCAGCUUUGCAGAUGUUUCAAGCCUGCAGCUAAUGCACCUGCACUGUACUACUGAAUCAGCAGCUACUUCUGCAAAGGAAAUUCAGCUGGCUAAAAGAACCGCCCAACAUAGUGAAAUGAAGCUUACAAUUUAUCCUCCAGAUCAUGAUAAAUCAUCAGGCAGAUAAUUCAAGGCCGUAGAAGAUGCAUGGAGCCAAGCACCCCCCCCCCU